GAGUGGCAACCCACAACUCAGUUAGCCAGGUUGUCCCAGUUUGGUGGCUUUUCUUCUCUUUCCCUCUCACCUCUGGCUUGAACUCAGAGAACCCAUUAUACCAAUCUCACUAUUUUCAAUAAUCUUGUGCAUGUGGGCAUUGCUUGUUUGUUUGCUAAGAAAAUAAAUGAGAAAGAAAGCCGGUACAGCCGUUCAGAAUUGAUAGACCCACAAGUCCACAACAGGCACCAACACCAUUCUUUGCUUUCACUACUCUUCUUCCCCUUCAUAUAGUCCCUUUACAUCACCAACACCCCAACCAUUCUAACCACUCAUUCAGCCUCUCACUCACUCUUAAGAUUCUUGCAUUUUCUCAAGAAUUGGUAGUGGGUACUUGUGAAGCUAGCAGAAUGAUCACCACAGAGCUUUUGGAUGUUCAACCCAAUGAACUCCAAUUCACAUUUGAGGUAAAGAAGCAGAGUACAUGUUCAAUACAACUUGGCAAUAGGUCUGACCAGUGUGUUGCUUUCAAGGUGAAAACCACUUCUCCAAAGAAAUACUGUGUGCGGCCAAAUGCAGGCAUCAUAAAACCCAAGGCAACAUGUGAUUUCACAGUUACUAUGCAAGCUCAGAAAGUAGCUCCACCUGAUUUGCAGUGCAAAGACAAGUUCCUAAUCCAAUGCACAGUUGUUCCAUUUGGGAUAUCAGAGGAGGAUGUUACAUCUAGCAUGUUCGCAAAAGAUAGUGGCAAAUACGUUGAAGAGAAGAAGUUAAGAGUGGUGCUCACCAGCCCACCCACUUCUCCAGCAUUUCUACCUGUUAAUGGGGAGUUGAAGCAAGAUCUUUGUUAUGAAACUUCAGUGGAAAAGGACAGAGUUCCGAAUGGAGUUGAAAACAUACCUUCACCUCAAAGGGGUGCUGACAAUGUUGACGGGUUUGACAGCUAUGAGGAUAUGGAUGAGUCAAGAGCAGUUAAGCAUGCAGAGGAAUUGAAACCAGAAAAGAAUGCUGUCGAGUUGAAUUUAGCAAAGGAUUUUGAGGAGUUGAAAUCAAAGCUCAGGACAGUGAAUUUAAAGCUAAAAGAGGCUGAUCUUACCAUCUUUAAGCUAACAGAAGAGAAGAGCAUGACCACUCAAGAGAAGAAUAUGCUAAAACAGGAAUUGGAGUUGUUGAGGAAGAAGAACAAUGCAAGAAGAAUUAUGGUUGGGUUCCCUGUUCUUUAUGUUUUUCUGGUUGCUCUUAUCAGUAUAGCAAUCGGAUACUUUGCCCAUCCUUAGAGAAAAGUAAAAUUCUGUCCAGAUACAGUAAAUGAGCUCAUUUUUCUUUCAUGACCAGAAGGAUCUCCUUGCAUGUCUAUGACACCAGAAGAUGUUCUAUGUCAUCACUAAUAUAUGUAUAAAUAUAUGGACCAUCUAAAUUCUGCAUGUAAGGAGAGCUCAUCUUUCAAUCAAAAUAAAAUAAUAUGUCAUUUGUUGGUGCUCA